GCUGCCACACCUCACACUCGGUGGAUGUUUUAAGUUAACUCGUUUCACGGAGAAAUUGCCACUAAGUUCCACGCGGCAGCAGGAUACGGACUCUUUGUCCGCCCCUCCUUGCUUCCGGUUUGCUUUUCUCUUACGCACUACUGUCGUGAUACAGCGUUGCCAUAGUUACAAAUAACAGCUAUUGGAUUAUAUAGAAGAUCCCAACUUCCUUGACAGUCCCGGUAUCCGCCCACUGUCAACAAGAGAGAUCCGCCGGAGUGUCACCACAGAUCACCUGCAUCCAGGAAAGCGCAUCAGAGACGGCGGCCGUCCAUGUGUUGCGCGCUCCAGUCCACUUGAAAAAAAUCCAACAACAACAAAAACAAAAAAAACUAACAAAAAAAAAACAUUGCAAGCAAUCUUCUUGAAGAUAAAAACUCAUUAGAUCGGAAGCUUCUUGCAGAUUGUACAGUGUUUUUUUCUGGUAGUUAUGCAGCAUAAAGGCACAUUUAUCAGCCCUUUUCCGAGACCGCGGUGUCUGGCGGCAGCGGCGCCAGCGGGGAAAGCGAAAUUAACUCACCCGGGGAAGGCGAUCCUGGCAGGUGGACUUGCAGGUGGUAUAGAGAUCUGCAUCACCUUCCCCACAGAGUAUGUCAAGACCCAGUUACAGCUGGAUGAGAAGGCCAAUCCACCUAAAUACAGAGGAAUAGGUGACUGUGUGAAACAGACGGUACAGAGUCAUGGUGUCAGAGGACUGUACAGAGGACUCAGCUCACUGCUGUAUGGCUCCAUACCCAAAUCUGCCGUCCGGUUCGGCAUGUUUGAGUUCCUCAGUAACCGUGCAAAGGAUGAGUCUGGCCGACUGGACAGCACCAGAGGCCUGCUGUGUGGACUCGGAGCUGGAGUGAUGGAAGCUGUUUUGGUGGUCUGUCCCAUGGAAACCGUCAAGGUUAAAUUCAUUCAUGACCAGACUUCAGCAAACCCCAAAUACAAGGGUUUCUUCCACGGAGUCAGAGAGAUCAUCAGAGCACAAGGAUUAAGGGGGACGUACCAAGGUCUCACUGCCACGGUCCUUAAACAAGGCUCCAACCAGGCUAUUCGCUUCUAUGUGAUGACCUCUCUCAAGAACUGGUAUAAAGGUGAUAACCCCGACAAAGCUAUUAAUCCCUUGGUGACUGGAGCCUUUGGGGCCAUAGCAGGAGCAGCCAGUGUAUUUGGAAACACACCACUAGAUGUCAUCAAGACUCGGAUGCAGGGUCUGGAAGCGCAUAAAUAUAAAAGCACGCUAGACUGUGCUGUGAAGAUCCUGAGAUAUGAGGGCUUGGCAGCUUUCUAUAAGGGGACAGUUCCUCGCCUGGGCCGUGUGUGUCUGGAUGUGGCCAUAGUUUUCAUCAUCUAUGAGGAGGUGGUGAAAGUCCUGAAUGCGGUCUGGAAGACGGACUGAGCUGCUGGACGUACAGAAAAGGCGACGGCCUCCUGCUUCCCAGGCAUCAGACACAGAUCCGAGUUCAGCAGACCUCUUCAGUAUCAUAAAACCAGCUCUUGAGGGUUGGAGGCUUAGAUCAGUGUCUUAUGCUAACCAGGAGGUUAAAGAGCUCAUAGACGGGGCCUGCAGAGAAGAAAGAAAGCCCUGAUAGAGGCUCAGUGUAGCUAACAUCAGCUGGAGUGUAUGCAGAGCUUUGAUGCUCAGCAUUGAGACACCUGACAGGACCAAGGGUCAGCUUUACAAAGUGGGUUUAUAAAGUCAGCCAAAUAACUGAAAAAAAAUGCUUCAUCCUAGAGAUACAUCAUCAAUUUCUAAAUGUGAAACAAAACUUGAAUAUUAGGGUCAUUAAUAUGAUUCCUUCAUGACUGCUUAUUAAUAACAUUGUGCAGAUAUUUCACUGUCUUUAUGAGCCUGCUUUGUAAAAUAUUCUCCUCCAGGGAAGAACGUUAUUUCUCAUCAUCACAGCUGUUUUACUGAUGUUUACUGCAGGUAUGCAGGUGUCAUACUGGAUUUUCCUCAGUUUGUGUUGCUCUCUGUCUCCUCUUGUGCCUGUUAUGGUUUUAAACCCAGAGGACCCAGAAUGCAGCUGGUUGCAGUUUACAGUCACAUAAACUGCAGUAACUUCCAUAACCAAGCCUUUAAGAGAAUGAUUUUACAUUUAUAAUAUGCCAAUUAUUUUUAUACAGUGUAGAUUCUAUUUUAGUUUAUUACCAGCAUUAUGGUUUUAUUGUAAAAAUAUAAUGUAUUUUAUUCCUGUGCCAAAUGCCAAACCAGUUAUACUAUGAAAAUGUGUUCAGAGUGAAAACAUCUCUAGAAGUCUAAUGAGAAUCAGAGAAGAGCAAAUAUUAUUAAGAUUCAUAUUGUGACAUGCUUUAUGAUUAUAUUUAUUGAAAGUUGAAUUAUGAAUAUCUAGAUGCUAGAGAGACUAUUUGCUGUUAACUUGUGCCACUUGUUUUUCCUGUAAUCAGGUGUAAAGAUGUUUUUAAGAUGUGAGGAAAAUAUUUUAUUGCUGUAUUUCACUGUGAGUCGAAAUGACCCAACAAACCUGAGUCAUACACUAAGUAACCUCCAACAUCUCUUCUCCCUUCAGUGGAAGCGUUGAGCUCAUCAGGUUAAAUCCUAACGCCAGGUACCCACAACAGGAUGGUUAUUUGUCUUCUGUUUACAUUAGAGACAGUUUUCAGGCUCUGUGAUUCUUCCUCUUGACAUACUGUAUGUCACAAGAUAAAUCCUAGGGGUCGUGAGAUAAUUAAUUGGAAAG